GGUUAUGCCUGAUCGCCGUGACCUUGGGAAUUGGCCCUUGUUUGAAAAUAGUCUCCAUUUUCGAGGAAAAUAUACCAAGAGCAGAAGACCCCCCACAAUCCGAGAACAUCUCCCUUCAGUCAUUCGCCUUCAACACAUUUCGAAAUCUGGUCCUACAGGGGAGCAUGGUUGACUCCAAAUUCCUGUCUCUCAGGCUUCCCUUUGCCCUCUGGUAUAUCUUCUGCCUUCUGAUAUGGGCUCUUUAUUCGGGGACGCUGACAGCCGUGCUUGCGAUCCCGUCCUACGAGAAACCGAUAGACUCUCUCGAUGAUCUGCCUAGGGCCGUUAAGGAAGGAUUUACUAUUGGAGCUGUCAGACAGACAAUGAUUGAGUACCUCCUAAAGGACGCCACUGAGGGUAUAUACAAACAGACCUGGAAUUUACUCAGGCUCAAGGAUCCUUCCGAAACUCUCGUGGAAAACCCUGUUAUUGGGUUCAAUAAGAUCCUUCUAAGUAAGUUCAUAUUUCUCGCUCCAACUGCCGUAUCCGUAGUAGCUGCUGCUACCAGAGGGAAGGAAAAUUUCCAUCUGGGUCGCCACACCUUCUAUCCUAUCAAUUAUGGCAUUGCCUGUCCCACUGGUUCGCCUAUGAAGGAUAAGUUCAGCCAAUUGCAAGCUAGAAUGGUUGAAGGAGGCUUAAUUUACAAGUGGGAAGAUGACGAAUUUUACAAGGUACUCAAGAGAGCGGACGGCAACGAAUCCAAUACUCCUCCAGCUAUCAGCCUUAUUCAUUUACAGGCUGCUUUCUUUCUUCUGGUAAUUGGUUACGUAUCUGCAGCGGUGGUACUGAUGGCAGAAAACAUUAAUGACUGUUGGAAUCACAGGGAGGAGAAACGUAGUUACUAA